CUCUAAAAAUAUGGCUAAAUUGCAGCAAGAUAACGGCCAUUCUCAAGGAUGGUUAAAAUUUUCAUGACGUCAUUGAAACAAUCAGGAAAUGUAAAAGAUAUAAUUUUCGUUAACCUUGAUCUCUUUCGUGGUGUGCUUGGCUGUUUUUUUUUUUAAUUCCGUGUCAGUGUUGUAAAGCGAAAAAUUCGAGUUUUUCGUCGCGUCUCAGAGUGAUUGGGGCGUUCUCGAUGUUUUAAAUUUUGUAGCCUCCUGACAUAUAUUUACUAGUCACUCAAACGGCGGGCUCAAGGUGAUAUGGCUGAUGCCUUAGCGUGAGUUAUUUGGAAGAAAAUGUCAAGAUGCAAGCCAUCAACAAAGUUUGUUCCAGCAACAGUUGCAUGGUCGCUGCUGUUAGGAUGUACAGGAAUCUAUUUCUAUUACCCGUGCCAGUGGCUUCUGGUGAAACUUUACCCUUGGGGCUUUGUCAUACCUUUGUGUCAGGGUAUCCUUUCUUUUUUUGUCAUAGCAAACUUUUCACUGGCUACCUUCAUGAAUCCAGGCAUUGUUCCGAGAGCGUCAUCCGACGAAGACCGGGAUGACGACUUCCGGAUGCCGCUAUACAAGAACGUGGAAAUAAGCGGCAUCACAGUGCGCAUGAAAUGGUGCGCAACGUGCCAGUUUUACAGGCCGCCGCGCUGCUCCCACUGCAGUGUCUGCAACCACUGUAUAGAGACGUUCGACCACCACUGUCCGUGGGUGAACAACUGUAUCGGCCGGCGAAACUACCGGUUCUUCUUCCUCUUCCUGCUGUCGCUGACGCUGCACAUGGUGGCCAUCUUCGGCCAGUGCCUGGUGUUCGUGCUGGACAGGAGGCACGAGCUCGGCUCGGUCGACGUCAUCGCAACUCUGGCGGUGAUGGUGGUGAUCGGCCUGCUGUUUGUCCCCAUCAUGGGUCUGGCCGGCUUCCACACGGUGCUGGCCAGUCGCGGCCGCACUACCAACGAGCAGGUCACGGGCAAGUUCCGCGGCGGGUUCAACCCGUUCUCGCGCGGCUGCGGCGCCAACUUCUGCCGCACCCUCUGGGCGCCACAGUACCCCGAUGUGAUGGCGCUGGCGCGGCGCGCCCAGCGGCGGAGGCACCAGUACACGCUGCCCACAUCGCCGCAGCUGCCGCCGGCUGUCGCCGCCGAUCACCAGGUCAAGCUGUAUAUCGACAACGGUAACGGUGUACGGGGCAAAGGCCAUGCCGCCCGCUACACGCAGGCGGCUGACCUGCGCGACGCCGACCAGGACGCUGGCAUGUCUCAGUCGCGCGACUGUGAGCCGUCGCCGCCGCUGCCGCACAGUGCCUCGCGGGCCAGCGUGGUCUCUGGAGGCCGGCGCUCGUGUGGCGGCGGCGCCGUACCGGCCGGCACUGCCGGCUCCCUGGAAAGGAGGCCGCCGCCGACGCACGGACGCACGCACGCCACGCUGCCGCGCGCCCAGCAUGCCAGGGACGGCCGCCGGUCGCGCAGUCAGACGCCCGAGUCGGCGUGCUCGCCGGACGGCGCGGCGCCGCUGGUCUGGCCGGCCAGUCCGCCGCUGUACAUCAGUCCGGCGCGCCGCUCCCAGCCGGGCACGCCGUGCGGCGGCCGCCGGUUCCCGCACACGGACGGCCUGCCGCCGACCAUCUACAGCGGCGCGCCGCGCACCACCGCCAGCGGCCUGGCCGGGGAGCCGCCGCCGCCGCCGGCCGGCGAGCCGCGCUACUGGGCCGCGCCGCCGGGCCGGCUGCCGCGCGCGCGACGCACCGCAGACGCCGGCUACGAGAUAUCCGUGUAGCGGCCGCCGGGCCGGACAGUACAAACGGCCCGCCCUCCGGUCUGUCCCGCGCCGCGCCGGGUCGGCAGGGCCAAUUGCGCUCGCUGUGUGUGUCCGUAUGUGCGCCAGUGUGGAAGGCAUGCGUGCGUUCAUGCAUUCUUCCAUUGUAGCAUACGCUUAUACAGCUUCGCGCACACAUCCACUCACAAACUGCCGGCAUAUUCGUUGAUCUCACGCCGGUACCAAUGCGUGGGAAGUUGGUCUUUCGCAUCGUAUUAGCUUUACAGGACAAUAAUUUGUUGGUUGUUUUGCCGCUCCUUGCGCGUUGUACUCUGUGCGUAUGUGCGCUGUUUGUUGGUGUUUGUCUGGGCGCUCAAUGUCUCGGGUGGCGGCUGUUGUCGGUCGGCGACCCGACCAGGCUCGGCCAGCUCGCCACCCGGCCAACUCAUCUCAUUCCGCGGCGCGCCGGUGUGGUCUCCAGCGUACCUGACGCCGUUCUUGACGCCGUGCGCCGGACCGGUCAGUGUGCCAUCGGCGCUAUAUGUGGACGCGGCCGUGCUGCCGAUUGAAUCCGGUCCCGGCAUCGGUUAUAUGUGGUCGGAGGUUGGCCGCUCGCACGUGCCAUCCGGUGGGGGGGAUG